UGCAGUAGCAAACUUUCCUGCUCGACACAAAACCGGCGCUCAGUGUCCGCCGGUCUUUACUUGGAUUCAAUGGCUGCUGAGCAAGAAUCGGACCACGUCAAACCACCUGUGGACUGUGUGAUAACACCUUUCAAAAAUGUGUGUGACACGUCCGGGUUAAAGAUAACGCAAAUUAACGACAAGACAACAGUAUGGCCAAGGUCACGGGCCUUGACAUGGACCCUGAUGCUUCUGCUAGUCACAUGUCUUCUCUACUGGUCACGGAUGGCUAUGCCAAUCUGCGCCGUGACCAUGGCAAAGGAAUUUGGAUGGACCAAGUCCGAGACUGGCAUAGUGCUGGGUGCUUUUUUUUGGGGUUACUGUUUUACUCAGGUACUUGGUGGGCAUGCUAGUGAUAGGAUAGGAGGAGAGAGAGUACUGCUGCUGUCCACCUCCUCCUGGGCCGUGAUGACUGCUAUCACCCCGCUUCUGGCCAACAUUGGACUCCAACCUCUUGUUUCUAUGACAGUGAGCAGGUUUCUGUUGGGUGUACUGCAAGGGGUUCAUUACCCUUCUCUUGUCAGUAUCUGCGCUCAGCGUGUGACAGAGGGAGAGAGAGGUUUAUUGAUGAGCACUCUGGCCUGCGGGUGCUACCUAGGGAUGCUGCUGGUUGGAGGAGUGGGUUCCCUGAUGCUGGACUGGUUUGGAUGGGGGAGUGUGUUUUAUGGAGCUGGUCUCCUUGCUCUUUGCUGGAGCUUUUGUGUAUGGAAAUGUCUUCUGCAUGGUCCAGGUUUUUCCCUCGACUCGCUGUGGAUCAGCAGUAGUUCUGCACCUGAAUCACCUAGAAUCAAUUGGCUAAAUCUCCUCAAAGAGCCUAGUGUCUGGGCCAUGAUCAUAGCUCAUCUCUGCUUUAGUAGCACAAAUUACACCCUCAUGUCAUGGCUACCAACAUUCUUCAAAGACAUGUUUCCUCAUGCCAAGGAUUGGGUGUUUAAUGUGAUCCCUUGGUUUGUGGCACUACCCACUUCACUGUUUGGAGGCUCUAUCUCUGAUCAUCUCAUUAGACAAGGCUGCGGGACAGCAACUGUAAGGAAACUGAUGCAGUUCUGUGCAAUGGGAGUAGCUGGUGUGUUCAUCCUCCUUCUCUGUAAGACGGACAGCUUUAUCCAGGCUGUGGCGUGUGUGUCUCUGGCUAUUGGACUGUCUACCUUUAAUAAUAGUGGGGUGUCUGUGAAUGUGCAUGACCAGGCACCAUCAUGUGCAGGAGCAUUGUUUGGGGUUAUGAACACAUGUUCUGCAUUUACUGGUUUGCUGUUGGUGUACUUGUCUGGCUACAUGAUUGAGAUCACAGGUUCCUGGGUGAAUGUGUUUUCAGUCCUGGCUCUGGUGAAUGUCAUUGGUGUCACCAUAUUCAUAGCGCUGGGUGAAGCAAAGCGAGUUGAUCAGGUGGAUCAGCCUCAGACCGUCUCAACAUGUUGAAACAAAUUCUUCCUCUCAGAGACAUUUUGGGGUUUUCUUAUUUGUCAUUUGUAACAAAUGGAUUGAAACUCCACAACACUUGUUUUUUACAUAACUUUUUAGAGUCUAUAUAUUUAUAUAUUUAAAUGUGAAUUAAAAUAUUUGGCAGGACUGGUUGAAAAUGGUGCAAUGAAACAUGUUUUAUGUUUUGUACAACAAAUAUUUAUUUAAAAUGUAAAUGUAUACUGCCCUCUAAAAGUUUGGAAACACCCCUGGCAAAGUGUGGUUUUGGACGAUAUCAGCGUAAAUCCUUAUCAUUUUUUGGUGCAAAUACAUUAAAGUAACUUGACAUUACGAUUAAAUAAUAAUGGCAAUACAUACAUGUCAAAGUCAGACAUGCCCCUUUACCAGCUGUGAUGCCUGGUUACUGCUUUAAACUUGGCCCAGGUUUUUAAAAGAUUUUUGGGUCAGCACACCUUAAUAGUUUCAACAAUUGAUUGCCAAUUAAUUUUAUAAUACAAUGAAUUUAGGCCCAGAUUAUGCAGAGCUGUAAUAGCUGUUGAUGGUGAUGAAUCGAAAAUGUAAGUUUUUUCUAUGUAUAAACUGUUUAUGUAAUAUGUUUUCGUAGUUUGUGUUGAGCCUUAUCAGUGCAAAAUUAUCACAAGUUAAAAAGGAUUCGUGCCAAUAUUGUCCAAAACUCCACUUUUCUAGGGUGUUUCCAAACUUUUGGAGGGCAGUGUAAUUUAAUCUGAAAUAUAUGAAACACUACGACAUUCCACCAAUAUGAUUGGAAUAAUUAAACUGUCAGUGCAGCCUACAAAUGAUUCGAGUUCUUUCACUUACCAGAAGGUGGUGACAAAGGGCAGUUUGAGCUGUAUGAUUU